AAUCCAGAAUCUUGGGUCUGGUGCAAGCUGGAUUUAUUCAUGACCAUGAUACCAACAUCUGUCGUGACUUCACAGUAAGCUAGCUGAACACGAGAGAGCGUUGAGUGUGAAUACUCCUUCAUCGUCAAAGAAGAAGAGAGUUCCUAAACCUCAAUUAGGGAGUAAAGAUGGGAGAGACGGGGAGCAAGGUGGUCCUGAAGGAGACAUCUGUGGAUGGAGUCCAGCCCCAGCCAGACCCAGCAAUUGCCAUUGACGGUUUAACCAAAACCAGAAAAAUGAAGGUGAAAUGGACUCAACUGGGCCUGGUCUUUUUCUUGCUGCUGUCCAUCAUCAUGACUGCUUGCUUCAUUUGGCAGUACCAGCUGCCCAAGUUAGUGGCAGAUGAAAAUGCUGGGGGAAGAUCCAAAUCUUUGCGAAUGUGCCCUCGGUUCCCGGAGCCCACACUUCUGGAACACCCCAUCCCCAGUUUGAAGGAGGCACUUGAGAAAGUUGACGCACUGCUGCGCAAUAGCAUCAACCCCGUCAGUCUGCCCUCAUUGUCAGCUAUUGUUACUUACAAUGACACAGUGCUGUGGACGGGGAACUUCGGCAAGAGAAAUGGUAGUGAUCCUAACUCUGCACCACCAAAUGAAUACACCAUUUACAGGAUUGCCAGUGUAUCAAAGAUCUUUCCCACCCUGAUGCUGUAUCGAUUGUGGGAAGAUGGCAAGGUGGGCUCCCUGGAUGACCCCCUGGAGAAGUAUGUGGACAACUUCACCAUUAAAAACCCCCUGGGCAAAAGCAGAGACUCUGAGCUGAAAUACGUCACGGACGGGCUGAUCUUCCUUGACAGUGGUGAGGUUCAAAUCAGAUCGUCCUCGGUAACAUUAAGGAGAAUGGCCAGCCAGCUUUCUGGUCUACCCCGAAGAGUCCGUGGAACUAACUUGCUGUGGAAAGGGAAGACAAAGGCUGCAAUCAAUCUCCUGCAAGAUGAUGUGCUCGUCGCAGAUCCAGGGACCAAAUGUCACUACAGCAAUUUGGCCUUCUCUUUGCUCGCCCAUGUCCUGUCUGAGAGAGUUGUGGGUAUCAAUUACCAGCGAUGGGUCACAGAUAACAUUCUGGGCAGGUUGGGAAUGGAGGACACAGGGUUUGACAUCAGCCCUGCUAUCCAAAGUCAAAUGGCUGUCGGUGUGUACGCCAGUGGCCAAAUGGCACCUCUUUAUGACUUGGGGUGGUACCGCCCCUCGGGCCAGAUGUAUUCGACGGCUGCUGAUAUGGCUAAGUUAUCCAUGAUGUUGCUGGGAGCCUAUCACCGCAAGCUUUUGGAGCCUGACACCUUAAAAAUUAUGCUAACCCCUCUGUUCCGCUGCGACAAAGACUACUUUGCCAAUCGCACAGGAACGCCGUGGGAAGUGAAUGAACAGAUGGGAUAUGAGGUGCUACGCAAGGAUGGUGAUCUGGACGGCUAUUCCGCUACAUUCUCUCUGGUUCCUCGGCUUAAGCUAGGCUUGGUGGUGCUAAUGGCGGGCACACGACCGCAGAACCAGGAUGUAGUGUCAAAGGCAUACUCUUAUAUCAUUCCCGCCAUGCAAAGGGCCUUUAGGGAGGCCAAGCGGUUUCUUAUUCCUCCCCCCAAUCCUGCUCCCUAUGUGGGCUUUUACACUUACGGCAACAUCACGUUUUAUGAGAUUAAAGCGGGGCCAGAUGGUGUCUUGAUCAUGCAGCAGUUUGGACCUCAAAUUGAGGAUCUCAUCCCUGAGCGGUACCGGACCAUAAAAUUGAAUUACUUAGUGGACCGAGUCUUUAGAGUUGUGUUCGAGAAAGAAUAUCCCUGUGUACUGCUUGUCAACACCGCAUCAGUGUCCCUCGAAGCCCAAGAUGGACAGCUUUUUAACUUUUAUGUCUUUGACAAAAAGGGUGUGUCUCCCGGAUUCGACGCUCCGGGGCUCAACACAUAUAAUGUGAUUCGAAUAUCUCGCAGACCCACGUUCUCCAACUAAGGAUGAAAUGGUUUCCGAAAAACUGUGAUCUGAGACAUUGGGGCUUUAUAUAUGAGCGAUUGUGUCAAAUUAAAAAAGAGGAGGGUUACCACUGUCAUUGUUUUUCCUGUAUAGCUUGUUUAACCUAUGAGGAAAUUUCAGCAUAACCUAUUUUUGCACAUGCGUUCAUGUCCUUGUACAUAAAGAUGUCCUUAUAUUUUCAUGUUCUUCCUUAUUAUAUAACUUGCAAUUGUACAGUUCCUGUCAAAAGUUUGGAAUCAUUACAAUAUAAGUUUAAUCGAGGUUGUAUUUAUUUAAUCAAAAAUGCAGUCAAAGCAGUAAUAUU